AUGCUUCUUUGGGUGCUAGCGUUUGCGCUUGUGCCAUGCUGGGCGCAAUGGGCCGCCUACUACUCGUUUGAUGAAGGCAAGGUAUACAUGAGGUUGAAGAACGACGACAUUGUGCCGUUGAACUUCUCCAUCACAGGGUUCGACGAUCUUGAAAGCUCCCUGGGCAAAAAGUCUCUUGAUUUGACCAGCGGCCAGAGCAUAUCGGCCAUAGCGUCGCCGCCUGAAAACUCGACGGUGUUUCUACAUCAGGGCACCUUGUACGCAUUCAAAGCGCUGGACCAGGAAAGCGACUACGAUGUUUGUGGAGACGGCAUUUUCCAGCUUUUGGGCUACGACGAGGAUAAAAAUGAAUGGGAGCCUGCCACGGACGAUAUGACCUUCAGCGAUGUCUCCGAUGUGUCGUACUAUGAAGGCUCGACCAUCUUGACCAGUCCAGGUUCCAACAACAUUUACAUCUACGGAGGCAGAUGCCCUACAAGCGGUAAAGCCACAGACAGACUCCUUUCGUUUGACAUGGAGAAAUUCAGCUUUUCCAAUAUCACCACUUCCACCAAACCCCACGGUUUCUAUGGAGCCACUGCCCAAUGGGCUCCAAAUCCACAAAACUCGUUGGUCAUAGGUGGAAGGUCCAACGACGGCUGGCUCAACAUGUACCAAUUGGCGACGUGGAAUUACGAUUCCGGCUGGUCGUUUCAGGCAGUGGAGAGAAACAGCUCAUUCAGCGUCAAUUCCAGGCUCAACCCUAUGGUGUUGCCCAUAUUCUCUCCAUUGGCCGACAAGGAUUCCUCGACUUUUGAAAAAACAUACAGACCGCUGGCAUUGUUGCUUAUUGGUGGAGACGACUCAAAGGGCCUUGCUUCGCCAGAAUGGGCCAGAUUGAAAGUGGAUACUAAUACCUGGGCAUGGGAGCCUGUGGAUACGGAUAUCGAAAUUGAAGAUGUCAUUGGUGCCGCUGUUCUUUUUGAAACUUUGGUUUUGAUCAGAGACAGCGAUACGAAAAAGAGAGACGGCUCAGGCUACACUGUUCUGCUCUACGAUAUCAACAACCAGUUUGAGCAGGUCAAGUCGCUUUCAGACAACACCAAAAAGACAGAAUCUUCUGACAGCGGCUCUACUCUGACGACACAAAAAGCGCUUAUUGGUACCUUGGUCCCCGUUGCAGCAUUGGCUAUGGCCGCUGCUGUUGGCUUCUACCUCUGGAAACGCAAAGGCUCCAAUCAACCAGAACGUGAAGAUGUUCUUGACGCUUUUGACUACCAGCUUGGCCAUUUCAGAACACGCUCUGAUCUUCCAGCAGACGUGCCUCCUCCACAUGUCCAUCGCCGUUUAUCGGCCAGCAGCGAGUCUACUCUAGAAGCCGCUUCGAUCGAUUCCUGGGUGAAAAAGAGACAAGAGUACGAUUCCAAGAGACAGCGUACAGUGAGAAGACACAGUUUCCUUGGGCUGAACGAGACGCUCAACAACAUGCCCGAGGUUGACGACGAGUCAGAGACAUCGGAGCCACCGGAAAUGAAACAAGUUCUGCUCGAUCCAGCUCUUCCUGCUCGUGUGCGCCAGCUUCGAAAAAGCUUCUCUUUUACAAAAACACCUCCAGCGCUGCCUGGCCUCAAAAAGAGCACCAAAGGCGGCUACAUGGGUAUUUCUGACCUACCGGCUGGCGACGAACAGGAAGAAGGUUCUUCUUGUGACGAAGCCAUGGACGUUCAGGUGUUGGUGAGUUCCAAGAGGAAGAGCGUGCUUCGGGUGGUGAAUCCCGACGACAAGGAUGACGAUUCCAUACGGCAGCGGACGCCGUCGAAAUGA